AUGAAACUAAGAAUUCCACGUCGGAUUAAAGUUGAGGAGUCGAGUGAAUCUGAGACCGAGGAGGCAUCGACGGCCACGGAUCUUGAUUCUUCCUCCACUCAGGAACAAAUGAAAGAUAAAGUGCCAGUCAAAACAAGUUCGGUAAGUGUUGAAGAUAUUGCAAGACUUUCUAAAUGUUGUGAAAUUUCUAUAAAACAUCCGCGAUGA